AAGAGAUUAAUGAUUUUUGAUUUACUUUCCGAUAGUCUCUUUGGUUAAAAGAGCGGAGUCGUGACUUUUUCUUAUAAAAUAAAUUACAAAAUAGGUACUCGUUUUCAUCACUACUGAUGUCACUUGAUUAUUCCCGUAAAGGGCAUUUUUAAAUUCCUAGUUGAUGAUCAAAAUCUCGGUUCUAAACAAUGAACCAGUAUUCAUUGAUGAUGUACAUAAUCCCGGUCCUUGGGAAAUAAGGCUAAUUUAACCAAAGAGAAAAUUUGAUUAGGUUAGGUCAUUUACAAAAAUAUGUUAAAAAUUAAAAAAAAUAUAAUUAUUUUAUUUGAUUUUACAUUGGUAAUAUAGCUGACUUUCAUAACUAUCCUUUCAUUAUUACAGUAGAACUCCUCAUAUCCGACCUUCCCACAACCGACUCCUCCGGAUAUCCGACCUAGUCUCCGUGGUUGGCAAGCCUGUUCAGACUUGAAAAAGUGACGCAUCUACAUGUCUUCGUGUCGCAAACUGUCAGUUCAGCCGUGAUUGUUGGUGCAGAAUGUGCUCCUACUAUAAUCUUGUACUGUUCUGUGUUUUUUUUUUAAACGUAACGUAAUGUAUUGUGGGUAGAAAAAGUGGAGGGACACUUCUGCAAAAUCAAGAUUUGGCAAAACUGAAACAAAAAUACAUUACUGAAUUCUUUAAAUAAGGUUACAGAGAUGGAAGAUACCGCACGUGAGAAGAUGCGCGAUAAGGUGUCUCUCGAACCAGGACCAUGUAGUGUCACGUCAGAUGCAGCGCAGCCUAUUACAGCUGAUGAAAAAUCUAAUGAGGUACUACCAAAUAAAGAGCUUGUGGAAUGUAUGUCAAGGAACACUGCAAACAAAGAUGGAGAAGAUAAAAGUGUAUUGGAACCAACCCAGGCGGUCACGUUUCCAGAUGUAAAAAACGUGCUGCAGAUGUCUGCCAAAAUGGAGCAGAUGGCAGGUUCUUCAACCAGAAGCGGCAGUGAAGAAGAUAACAGUUCCACUGGACCAACCCAGGCUCCCGUAUUACCAAAUAUUAAAAGUGAGCUAAAGGAACAGCCGGUCGCCGUCUCCGUGCCGUUUGCGUUCGCGGACGCGAGCAACAUCCUGUGGCAGCACAGGAAGUCGUCCUCCCCCAUGUCGAUCCUCCCGGACAUCGUGGAGGAUGAUGCGCAAGACGAGGCUCAGUGCGAGGACUCGGGCGAGCAGUUCGACGUGGUCGACCUCACCGUGGACAGCGAAGAGGACAGCAGAGGAACUGAAACUCAACAGUUUUUGUUAGCAGCUGCUUCUUCAGGUGAUGGGGGAACUGCACCAUUAGCUCCCCUUAAAUUGAUUGAAAGUGGAAACACAAAGAAACAGUCAUUCAUGUGUGUCUCUUGUAAGAAGUACUACAUAUCUGUGAGCAACUUGCAACGCUCAGUGGACGGAACUGGCAUUGAGUAUCACUGUACCAUGUGUCCACUUGUGUUCAACUUGGAAAAGAGUUUCUGCAAGCAUUUGAAGAACCAUUCUAUGAAGCAGAUUUUGUUCUGCCAACAGUGCAAAGAUUUAUUUGGAAGCAGAAGUUUUUUUUGUUACGUUUGUAAGCAGGAGUUUGCUAACGGAACACAACUUGAAGCCCAUCAGAAAACACACGAACAGGAGCCGUUGACGUGCCCCAUUUGUAUGAGGAGGUUUGCGACACAAACCUGUUUGAACGAACACGAGAAUCUCUGUAUACCCUCUAAAGUUGUUGAUAGGAAGGUUUUUCGAGGGUUGCCUUGGCAGAGACUUUUUAGAUGUCCCAUGUGUCAAGAACAGUUUUUGACCCAGAAAAUGUUGGCCGAACACAGAACCAACUGCAUUGAUAAUAGGCCUAAGCCAAAAUAUUAUGAAUGUGACAUAUGUGCAGAACACUUCCUAUCAAUUGAAAAUAUGGCAGCUCACAAGUUAAGCCACAACACGCAAAUGGCUAGCUUUCCGUGCGACAGUUGUGGCUUGAAGUUCCUUACGGCCGGUGGCCUAGCCUCGCAUAAGAUCACGCACAAGAAGUACCCAAGUUGUUCUCCCUCCAAGAAGCAGUUUCUGUCAGAACCAGAAUCAAGUAUAAAUGAAAGUGUCUCGCAAUCCAUGCAACCUGUAAAAAAUAUGCAGAUCAAGCAAGAAACAGUCACCAUUGAAAAGAAAGUAACGCCGCCAUUGACUGUGGUCAAAUCUGAACGUCUGCAAAAAAAUAGUAUUCGCCAGCGCUUUCUUUUGCCAAAAUCUAAUGCUCAGAAUCGUAAAUCGCCAGUGAACCCCAAUGUCCAAAAUCAACAAUUGCCUAAAAAUCAGCUUUCUUUGACAUAUAAUAGUCUACACCAACAAACUCCAAAAGUUCACCUUAACCAGUAUCAGCAGCAGCUACCAGGCAAUAGAAUUAUCCAGCAUCAGUUCUUGCCAACAAACUCAGUUUUCCAACCUCAGAUGUUACCUGGGGGCUGCACCCCACAACUUCAGCACAUUAAGGUACCAGAAGAUACGUCUGUACCACAAAAUGUUGCUCAACAUGAGCAGUUUGUAAGCGUGAGUCAUCAGCAGUCACCUGCAAGCAGUGUUGUACCAUGUGAUGUCGCUUCAAAUACCACAGUGAAACAUCAGGAAAUGUUGAUAAAUAGUGGUAUUCAGUAUCAGCAUGUACCAACAAAUAACGCUGGCCAAUAUCAAUUGUCGAAUGAUGAUCAUUCGCAACAGCAGGUUGCGACAAAUAAUUCUUUUCAUCACUUGUCGACGGCUGCUGUUCAGUGUCAAGAAAUGGAAAGUGAGAAUUCUGGUCAGCAUCAUCAGUUGUUGGGACUAACUAACAUGCAAAAUCAGCAGAGUUCUGUUUACAACAAUAUGCAUAGUCAAAUGACAAACAAUUCUUUUCAUAAUCAGCAAAAUAUUAAUGCUGCCCAGUAUAAUAAUGUUUCAGUGAACACGGCUUCACUGCCACAACAUCUUUCAAUAAAUAACACUCCCCAAAAUUUGCAGCUGCCUGCAAAUAAUGCAGUUGGUAACCACCAGCAACUAACUAACAGUGAUGCUCAAAACCAACAAUGGUCAGUCAAUAGUGCUCAUCAGAUGUCAACAAAUCCAAAUCAGUAUCAACUGCUGCCACAAAAUAGCAAUGAUCAACUUCAGCAGCACUUAUCAAAUGUGUCCAAUCAGCAGACAUUGCUCUCUGUUGGUGGUACCGAAAGUCAAAAUUUGCACAAUCCCCAACAUCAGCAGGUUAAUCAAGUAGUACACCAACAGAUAAUGAGUAAUUCAGCUGCUCAUCAACAAGCUGAAUCUAACAUUAUGCAGAACUCACAGUUUUCAACAAACAAUGCUACAUAUCAGUUGUUUUCAACAAACUCCGUUCAACAGCAGGUACAAACAAAUGAUACACUUGCAAAUGACCAGAAUGCUACUAAUCCAGCUCAAACUCAUCAAUUUGUAGUCUCUCAGAAUCAACAAGGCAUAAAUAAUGUAACUCAAAACCAACAUUUGUCAGUUCAAAACCAACUGCUUGGUAACACAGCGCCCCAAAAUCACCCGUUAUUAGUGAACAGCACAAUGAAUCAGCAAUUUAUGAGUAAUGCAGAUAGCAGUCAAGCUCAGAACCAACAGAUAUUAGCAGCUAAUGCUCAAAGUCAACUUUUAUUUCAAAAUAACACUAUUCAAAAUCAGCAUUUUACAGAAAAUAGCUUAGUUCAGAAUCAGCACUUUUUUGAAAAUGAUUCUUCUCAGAAGCAGCACUCACCUGAAGAUAACGCUCUUCAAAAUCAGCAAAGCCAAGAAAAUAAUUCUCAAGACCUGCAGUUAUUUGAAAGUAACCCUGCCCAAAGUCAGCAGUCAACAGAAAUUAACGUAGCUCAAAAAGAAAGUCAAACUUACGGCCAGCAGAUGUCUGUGGAUACCGCAGUGCAGACACAGCAGCUGUUUGCAAACGGAUCUGCACAGAACCAGCACUUCUCAGUGAAUCAGCACUCCGUGAACAGCUUCAUGCACAAUCAGCAGCCUGCCGUGUGUUUCCCGUUCCAACACCAAGCGUUCCCCGCGAACGUGGUCAUACUGCAACCGCAGAUGCCGGAGAACGGAGCCUUCCACCAAGUGGCUCCAAGCGUGUCUCAGCAACAGCAACUUCAAGCGAGCAACAUACAGCAGCAACAGCAGCAGCAGUACAAGCUGCCAAGCAGCGUGUACCCCGCCAGUUUCAUGUACCACCUGCCCGCGAAUAACUCGCUCGCCCACCUCCCACAGAACAUGCUCCCGGCGAGCAUGGUCUACCAGCUGGCGAACUUCGGUGGCCAGCAGGGCGUCACGCAGCUGCCGAUAAACCUGGUGCCGCAGCACCCGCCCCAGGGCCAGAUGUUCCCCGGCUUCCAGCAGGUCCUCCUCGCCAACAACACGUUCCUCCCCGGCGCACUGCCCCAGCACCAGCAGUUCUCUGUCGGCAGCUACCCCCAGCCCCGCCUGCUGCUGCCUCCGCCCAAGCAGGACUCUGCCUCGCCCGACAGGGACCGCUGCUGCGACGUGUGUGGCGAGGAGCAGAGAGCCGGCUCCGUCCUCUGCCACCACGGCAAGAAGUACAAGAGGGUCUCCGAGUCGAGCGGCAUCAUCGUCCAGUUUGUGCCCAAUCACCAGGGGAUGCACCAUACCGUCGUGAACAUACAGGCGCCCCCUGAGAACGUCACUGUUGUUAAAAGUUCUUGAGUGUUUGUGGAGGUGUGUGUUGUCUCGACUGAACAUUAUAUAUAUUUUUUUAUUUGUUAAAGAAUUGAAUUAUUUAUUUAUUUUCCUUUGUUCAUGCAGCUGGAAAGACAUGGUAACAUCAGUUUUUUUUUUUUUUUUUUUUUAAAUGGGAGUAGGUUACUCUAGGAAAUAUUGUGGACACACAUCAUUAUGCUCCUGCGGAGCAUUUGCAUCUUGAAAUAGCCUAGUUUUCUGCUACUUGAAACGCCACAGUGCCGUAUGUCCACAGUUCCACAUGAUUUAAUGAACAUCUGUUAUUUAUGCCAGUCACUUACAUUGGGAAACAUUUUAAAAAAAAUUAUAAAGUGGUCCAAACAAAACUACUUACUAUGCAUCAAAUUAAAAAAAAUCUUCCAAACAAGGGAGAAAAAAAUAGAGAAGUGUUAUUUUUUUUAAUAAAUUGUGUGCAAGUACUUAUGUUGUAUAUGCCAGUUUUUUUUUUUUUUUUUUUAGUUAUUUUUACUUUAUAUCUAUUCACCAGUCAAUUUAAAUUGCUGAUUGCAACUAAAAAUGUGAGGGGGACGGGAAAUUAUAAAAAAAAUAGUAUUUCCACAGUUUGUUAUACAUGGCUGUAUUUUUAAACUUGCUGUGUUUCUGAGGCAACACAGUGUUGACUUAAGGCUGAGGUCAUUUUAGUUUUGCAUUACUGAUUCUUCAAUCAUCUGCAUACUCAGUUACUGCUAUGAUCUUGACCAAAUAUUCAAUUUGGAUUUGCGAGGAAAUUUUUUAUUAGUGUUUUGGAAGCUUUGGUUGUGAUGCAAAGCUUCCCGUCUGAUGUGAAGAUUUACAUUUGUUGUAAAGCUUUAAAACGUUGGAAGCCUAAUAUUCACUCAUGAAAUUUUUUAUUUUUUUUUUGUGUUUUAUAUGUUUUGCUUGAAU